AACAGCAGCACCUGCCACCACUGCUGCACUAGCUGCCACACUACCUGCGGAAACUAUGCCCCCAGAAGAAAGCGACCCGAAUGACAGUGAUGACAGUAGUGGGAGUGGAGAUCUUAACAGCGAUAGCUUGAUGCCCUCUUUAGCCCUAGAGGAUCCGGCAACGUCGCAGAAGUCCUAUGAUGAUUAAGACGCAUUCUCGUUCAUUAUUCAUACAAAUAAGGCGAUAAUAUGAACCAACACGACAAAAUGACAUCCGGUUUUUACAAAUACUCCACUCCAAUAUCAAUUCCAAUGCCAAUCCUUUUGCUUUUCACUUCGGUUGACCACGCGCUAUACAAAUACUCAAUUCCCAUCUACCUCUUCUAGAUCCAAUACCCUCUACUCCCUUUUGACCCCCUACUUCUAUCUCUAAUGCUCUCUCGUGGUGAAACAUGAUAAGGAUCAGACUGCAGCUGCAGGCGGUGCUGCUGGAGGACUCUCACCAGAAGAAGAAAUGCUGAAGGAAUUGGAAGAUCUCCUUGGCGGAGGAGGUGGAGCUGAUGCUGCGGGAGGAACAACAGCGGAUGGCACAGCGAGCGGUAUUUUUAAGUUGUUCUUGCAAGGAGAAGGAGACGAAGAAGAUGAUGAAAGAUGUAUAAAUUUGUAGUAGUUGUAGUUAAAGUGACGCCUAAUUACUAAUUAAUACUUACAGAGUAUACUUCAAAUGAUGUCAGGACCAGGACGAGCCCUCUAGCAGAACAUGUUUACUCACUCCAACGAUACUUAAAAACUGAAUAAAGACUGAGACUGAUACUUGUUGGAUUCAUCGCAAAAACAUCAACAUGUUGUACUUAUAAUCAGGUUCAGGCGCUGGAGGAGAAGCGGUACCUGCGCAAGAGGAAGUCCCUAGCGAAUUGAAGGAUCUCAUUAAGGGAGAAGACCCUGCUACUAGUGCAACAGUUACGCUUGUGACAGACUCACUUCUCAGAUGUUGUCGUUUUCUAGUGUACUUGAUAGGUACAUUAUAGUGUAGUUUCCGAUUAUAAUCUAGAACCACAUUAUGAUUGGAGGACACUGACCAUGAUUCUCAGUAUGCAAGAACUAGACACACUAGACUCAACAUCCACUAAUUCAGACGAAGACCCUUUUGCACCGACAGAAGACCCCUAUGCGCCUACUGAAGAUCCAUUUGCGCCUACCGAAGACCCGUUUGCGCCCACCGAAGAUCCGUUUGCGCCGACUGAAGACCCCUUUGGCUCUACUACCGGCGGAGGAUGGUAUUUGACAUUUUUCAAUCUUGCAACUAGAACUACUAGUUGUAACACAUGUGCGAGAUUUAUUGUAUUGUCCUGUACUGCGAGCUCAAGCUCAACAUCUUCAAGUAACUUCCACUAUCAACGACUAGAUUCAAUAGCGCAGGUUGGAUCUCCUGUGCAUCGUGAUCAUUCCACCAUUUUGAACACAAAUUUUCUUCACAGCCCCGACGGGUGCGUCGAAGAAGACCCGUAUACGUCUUCGGACCCGUACGGCGCAGACCCUUACAGCUCAGAACCGGAAAGCCCACCACCUGCUUCGGUGGCGCCAGGACCUAAGGGCAGUCAUGCAGAAGCACACUCGGUUAGCGGACAGGGAUAUUACUUAUGCUGCAGGAAAAGGAAUCAAUAGGAAUACAACGAGGAACAUGAAGUAUAAUAAUGCAGAGAAAUGGAAAAAUAAAUGAAAAUACACUUAGAACUAGAAGUACAUAACUUUCGCUCGAAGAACUGUAGUCUUCUAGUUUUCUCCUUCGAUAUCAUCUCUAAUUCCUUCCCGCAAUUACAAUGACGCUUCACACGACGACUCCCACUGGGGAGAGAUGCGCAUUCAACCGGAAACGAAUUCCCUGGCACCGCACAUCACCCAAAUCUUCCAGGGUCAUGGUGGAUAUCUGGAGGCUGGGGCAACUGGGUACUUCUAUGAUUGUUAUUUAGAUUUGUCGAACCUACUGAAUCAGAAUCCUCAAGGAAAAAAAAAUCACUACUUCUACUACCACUACCUUCAUCUGAACAAGAGGAAUCGUCACCUUUGUUCCACAGAUUCCACGGCUCCUCUGGCAUGGAGCAUUCGGAAAGCGUAGGAAGCGAUAACUGGUGGGACCCAUCAAUGGCCGCGGAAGCUGACCCAGUGGCGGUGGACCCGAUGGCGGCAGCCGAUCCCAUGGCAGCCGCUGACCCAAUGGCCGCAGGUGGCUCUGCCGACCCGAUGGCAGCUGACCCAGUGGCAGCUGACCCAAUGACAGCUGACCCAAUGACAGCAGACCCAAUGGCAGCUGACCCAGCAGCAGCUGCAGACCCAAAUGCGGCCGCUGCAGACCCAAAUGCAGCCGCCCCAGCAAGCGAGGCAGAGGUGGCAGAGGCAAUGAAAGACCUGUUUGGUGGAGGCGAUCAACCAGCAGAGGAGUGGACUAUGACGCAGAGGAAGAGGUCGAAGUAAGUUGUAGUUUUCUUAGGAUUUAUAGAUUAUUUGAAUUACACAGGAGUUGCUAUGUAUUGCUCCUACAGUUUCCAAGAAACUACAUUCACGGAAGAUAUUCUUGAAGUUAUUCUUGUCAUAUGACACUAACACUAUAACAGAAGUUUCAUUCUCAUGUACAGAUUUGGAUCGUGUUUCAUGUACUACAAGGGUAGUGAUUACACGACUGAAAAUUUAUCUCAAAAACUGAUAACGUUGUACAAAGAAGAAAGAAUCUCUAUAAGUGCACGAAGUGCUAGUUUCUUCGUUUCGUGAUCGUCCUAAAAACAAUAUUUAGAUUUCUAUCUCCAGUUGUAUGAUCAUUGUUUAUUCAUUUGAUCCGUUUCGGUGUUUCAUCAUUUGCAGUAGCCUUUUUUUCUUUGUUCUGUUUGUUUCUGAUCCUCACAAAAAUAAUGCUGCAACUACUAGUACUACAACUAGAGAACAGUUUUCUUUUUACCUCCACCUCCGAUGUGAUCAUCUUCACGAAUAAUCAUAAUACACAUGAGCAAUGGAAUUAGAAACACCUCCUUAUGAAGGUAAGUGUCGCAAUCUGUGCAUAUCAUUCCAUACUGAGAAUAUACACCAUGUACCAAUUAGCUAAGGUAGUUUCAAAUCAUAUCAACAAUCAACUUCAACAUAAUUCUGUGCCUGAUCAGACCUCCCUCUUGGACCACCUGCUGUUCAGUGAGUAUCUGUCUGCUCUUUCGUUGGUUGCGGCAGGCGUACUCAUCUUAGGCCACAUGCUGUUUAGUGAG